UUGGCGUUGGCUGGGGGGUGGUUGGAGCGCGGGAGCAAUGGACGAGUUCCAGUCGGGGGAGGAGACUGCUUUCGUGGUGGAUGAAGUGAGUAACAUCAUUAAAGAGGCCAUAGAAGGUGCAAUAGGUGGCAAUGCCUAUCAACACAGCAAAGUAAACCAGUGGACUACAAGUGUGGUGGAACAAACUUUGAGUCAACUUACAAAGCUGGGGAAGCCGUUCAAGUACAUUGUGACCUGCGUGAUUAUGCAAAAAAAUGGUGCUGGACUGCAUACAGCAAGUUCUUGCUUCUGGGACAACUCCAGUGAUGGAAACUGCACUGUGAGAUGGGAGAAUAAGACUAUGUACUGUAUCGUCAGUGCCUUUGGACUUGCUAUAUGAUUGCCUUGGGAUCAUUCAGCCUCUUAACCAAGUCUCUUGAAUAUCAAUACUUCCAUCCCAUGUCCACUCCAAACUGUGAAAACACUGAAAAACUUGUUUUUAAUAUACUUUUUAUGUAGCUUUUCAAGCAUAGAAAUGUGAAGAACAAUUUAUAUGUUGUUAAAUGGAUUUUGUACUUGAUAUCACACUAGUGUUGAUGCACGGUCUUAAACACUUCAAGGACUCUUCUUCAAGGUGCUAAAAAAAAUGAAACCUGCUGCACUGUAAACAUUUUCUUUAGAUUUGCUUUCUGAACCUAAUUUAAGACACUAACUUUCAUACUUUGUACUCUUGGUUAACAUUAAAUUAUUGAAGUUCAUAAACUUUAGUGUGAGUGUCUAAGCUUAACUGACCCAUCUUAAAUUCCAAGAGAACUUUUUCAUACCAUUCAGUAACUAGUUGCUUUCAAGGUGGUAGCAUAGAUGGAUCAUCAGACUGACUAGUGUAUGUAUUCAACACUGCAGAAAGUGUCAUAGCAGUAGUCCAGGGGUGUUGCCUCAAAGACGAUGUUUUUUAACAAAUAGUAAACAAAAAAUUAUUGCAUGCUGGGUGUGUGCACAUGCAUGUUGUUUUUAUUGCAUUAGAAAUUCCUUUAAAAAAAAAGCGCUGGAUGGGGAAAUAGGGUCAUACCACAUUUGAUUUGCUAACCUGCCUGAUGAUGCUGAACUUGAGAGGUUUCUCAUUCUUGGGGGAAUGCUCUGCAAGGAAGAGAUGAC